AUGUUACAAGUCAUUGCAUCAGUCCUCUUUCUCUGGCUUUCAUGGCAUGCUUUCCAAUACCGCUCCAAAAAACCACUUCCCCCGGGCCCCAAACCACUACCAUUGAUCGGCAAUAUACACCAAUUCCCUACGGAUAACCUCUGGCGUCAAUACAAGAAGUGGCACAAAAAGUAUGGCCCGCUCAUCACGCUGAAAAUGGGCCCCCAGACCCUAAUCAGCGUUGGGUCGCAUGAUAUAGCCCGCAAUCUUUUAAGUAAGAAACAAGCUAUCUACAACUCUCGACCUCGCGCGGUAUAUAUGGGCGAAUGUGUUUUUAAGGGCCUGAACACCGGUCUAAUGCCAUAUGGUCCCCAAUGGAAAAAUCACAACCGAAUCCAGACCAAAUUCCUCCGUUCGGCCUGGGUCAGUCAAUACUACCCGAUUCAAGACCUUGAGACAAAGCAUGUCCUCCACGAGCUUCUCACAAACUCAGAUAUAAAGAGCAUCUUCCAGAGAUUUGCCUGCAGUAUCAACUCGACACUAGCAUUCGGUAAGAGAGUGGAAGCUCAAUGUCAGGUUAUGCAAGAUAUGUCCCGUAUCAAUAAGCACUUCAACGAUAUGGCAGAAACUCCAUUGGGAAUGCUAGUUGAGUUCUUUCCUAUUCUAAACCAUCUUCCUUUUCCAAUUGCUCCAUGGAAAUGGAAGGCCGAACAGGUCAGCCGAGAAGUCUUCGACCUAUACUUAGCCAAUCUAUCAAUUGGCAAGGCUAGCUCGACCUGGAAUUGGACCCGUGAAGCGCUAGAGAUGGAGGAGGCGCAGGGAAUGUCUGAGGUUGAACUAGCUAAUAUCAUGGGAUUUAUCUUCGAUGCUGGUAGUGAGCCUAUUACUGGGACCUUACGUAUGUUCGUUAUGACAGCUGCGGCUAAUCCUGCGGCGAUGGCAAAGGCUCAGGAUGAGUUAGAUCAGGUGGUGGGGUCUGAUCGUCUACCAACUCACAAUGAUCUUGCACGGCUACCAUACACGCACGCGGUGGUCAUGGAAACCCUGCGGUGGCGGCCGCUUAUCCCUGCCGGCUUUCCACACGCAACUCUCGCGGAUGAUGAAUUCAUGGGAUACCGUAUCCCUUGCAACGCAACUAUCAUUCUGAACAACUGGUCCUUGGAUCUUGAUGAGACGUUAUACGAAAACCCUCUCGAAUUCUGCCCUGAACGCUGGCUAGAAAACCCAGACCUUCCUCUUGCCUCUUUCGGGUUUAGUCGGCGUAAGUGUCCCGGUCAGGCAUUGGCACGGGAUAUAGUAUCUCUCACCAUCAGUCGCAUUCUAUGGGGAUACAACAUCGCACCACCGUUGAAGAAUGGACAGAGAGCAGAGGUGGACACAUUCAACCUUGAGCAAGGCUUCAGCGGACCCCCAGUACCGUUUGAAGUGGAUUUUGCUCCGCGCAGUGACAAACAUCGGCGAAUCAUCGAGAAGGAAUGGAAUACUGCUGAAAAAGACCCCGACGUGCUCAUGGCCGAGAUCGCCUCGCAGAUUAAGCCUAUCAAAAAGGCAUGA